AAUUUUAUUCUAACGGCUUUUAGAAAGGCAGAGACAAUGGGGGAGAAGGGCAAGGCCUGCCAGGGCUAAUGUCGUUUCGGAGAGAGGGAGGGAGGGAGAGAGAGAAAGAUAGACAGAGACAGAAAAACAAACAGGCAACCAAAAUGGUUGGAUUUAUAGGGAAGGGCAACCCAGCCCCUGCGCUGGACUACUUCAGGGUAUGUUAGGAGUAUGCAAGCCAUACUCUGUAACAGGUAGGAACUGAGGGAUGCAGGGAGAACUUGGUAGCCAGGGUUUGCUUUGAUACCUUAAGUAGGCACCUCAGCUUUUUGUGGUGGGUUUGAGCUGUAACAACCUGUACCCAGAGGAAGAAGGGAAGUGCCUGUUUAGUGCAGGUAGUGCAGGGAAGACUUUUCCAGUCCAGGCACAAGUUCUACGAUGCCAAUCUCCGCAGGUCAGGGACAGGUUUGUACCUGGAGAUGCCCUCAGGGCUGGGAACCGCUGUGCUGGAGCUUUCAAAAUACUCUGUCCGUAAGGUGCUUGCGACUGUCAAUCAGGACACAGUAGCCAAUCAAGGCUUCCAGUUAGGCUGCCAGGGAGAACAAGGGAGGACACUUCCUGUCCUCCACGCUGCAGGCUCGGCGACCCCGGGACUGAGGGAGACUCUGUGGUUCCGUUUGCUGCGCUGUGACCCGCGGUCGGGAGCUGUGGGCAGAGCCGGACGAGCUCGGAACCCGCCAUGGUGAGCGAGGGCCGCCGUCCCCACGCGGGUGGAGCCGCGGGAGCCGAUGUGGGGUCCUCCCGGCGCUGUGGGAACGGGCGGACGCGGCGCCCCGUGAGGUUCCUGCUGUCCCUGCAGCUCCGGGUCCUGCGGCUUCUGAGUAACUUCCAUCUGUGGGCUGAACCUGCACAGAACACCGGGACGUGGGAUGCAGUGACCUAUGAGGAUGUGCACGUGAACUUCACUCAUGAAGAGUGGGCUUUGCUGGAUCCUUCCCAGAAGAGUCUCUACAAAGAUGUGAUGCUGGAAACCUACUGGAACCUCACUGCUGUAGGGUACAAAUGGGAAGGACACAAUAUUGAAGAACGUUGUCAAAGUUCUAGAAGACACGGAAGGUAGCUGUACACGUCACAGUGCAGAGGUGGUAGCCAGAGAAUUACCUGAGAAUUGGUUCUCUCCUUCCAUCUUAUGGGGAGCAAACAUAGGUAGCUAGUGUUGGCAUCAGGCCACAGAAUUGGCUGUCCCAGCUUGCUGUCUCUAACUGUACAUAUUACUAACUAUGGGAGUAUGUUUAUGGUAUGUAUCUGAGAGUGGUAUAUUCAUGUGUAGGGCAUGUAUGAUGCAUGUGUCAGCAUGGUUGCCAUCUUUGCAUGUGUGUUUGGAGAAGUCUUCAUGGGUGUUUGGGUUUGUGGGAAUCCUCUGUGCCAGAGGUAUUGUAAAUGCACCUGUAAAUGACUGUGUAAAGCUCUGGCAUGUCAGGGUUGGCCUGCCCAAACUUAUCAAGCCCAUUUCACCUGUCUUGGUUCUACCCACCUCAGCACUUGUGGUUCCCUUUCCCAGCCUCUGCCCUGUCCACUGCUGGACUUUUCUUGGAUGUGGCUCCACUCAAUGUGAUGAAUGCCCCUAUUCUAAUCCUCCUUCUAAGUUCCCCAAACUUUAACACCCAUCUAUGUCUCCAACCUGAUCCAACCUGUUUCAUCCCCCAGCCGCUUACACCACCCUUCCCAACCUGUCGCUGUGCCCACAGCAGCAUCCCAACAUUCCAGGCCCCCUCUCUGGUCCCAACCAUUCCAGGCCCCACCAACCUCCUACAGUUUAUACAGCACAUCUUAGCAGCUUGUGCCUUCAGGAUAUGCUCAGCCAAGUCAUAAAUAUAUCACUUCCAUUUAAUAAGGGAUUGAUGCUGCAAACGUUCUAAUUUAUGGUUUGAUGGGGCAGAUAAUACCCAUCU